GAUUCGCGAUGAUAAUUUCCUGUCUCGUUAAGUCUUAUUUCGAACCACUCUCACAAUAGAUCAUUGAAAAACCUUUCAGAAUUACUCAAAUUACUAAAUUACUUUAUUUCAAAAUUUAUCGCAAAGAGUCUUGAAAAGUCUUAAAGAUUUAGUAUGUAUUUUAUAAAAAUUGUAUUCUUGGUGUUUCUGGCGGUUUGCGAGUUGCAACGGAUUAAAGCCAAUAGAGACAAUGCCAGGAUAGUUCUGAGGGACACCAACCAGAAGAGGCAUCGCCAUGGAUGUCAGGAAUUGUUUUUGGAUCUUGCUCUUAGCACAGACUGUGAAAAGUAUGCUAGGAAACUUGCCAAACGAAAUAACUAUACUUAUUCGGAUCCCACCAAUUCAAAAUACUCAGAAAACAUCUGCAAAUAUCAAAUUGUAAGAGGAGGACUUUCAAGAUGUGUCAGCGAUUGGUAUCGCGGACAAAAACUUGAUUUUUUAGAUCCCAGAGCAAAGGAGUUUACUGCAAUGAUUUGGAGGUCUUCAAAAUUUAUGGGAUAUGGAGACGCUACCAUAAAUGCUUAUGAAGGCAUAAUGGUGGUCAGAUAUACUCCACCUGGAAAUAUCCGUGGAUUGUACACGGACAACGUGCCUCCCAAGAAAAAGCACAAGCACAAACACAAGCACAAAAAGCAUAAGCAUAAGAAAAAUUGUGCGAGUUGUCAAGAUAAUCGAUGUCUCAUUUUAAUAAUUCUUUUUUUUUCAUAUCGAUUAGGCUUUUUAUCAUUUAACAUGGGCUAAAACUCGUUGUAACCUUAAAAUUAUUGUACCAUAUAAUAAAAUACAUUUUAGUAAU